GACGUGUUUAUUUUAACUCUCCCUGCACUAGAUGCAAAUUAUAUAUUAUGCCAAUUUUAGCUAAUACUUCUGGCUUAUAGUUUCAUAAAAUAUACUAAGAUUUAUGUCAUAUGCUGAGUACGUUAACUACGUCUCAUUCUACAUAAAUAAAGUAAGGAUCGCUGAAGUUAUUAAGAACGUAUGUCACAUCGAAACAGAACACUCUUAAACUUUAUUUAAAGAACAUCAGAGUGCCAUCGGCUUCAUUUUUCCAGUUACAAGUUAACAAGGCAUAACAAUGAAAUUCGCUAAAAUUCUUCAGCUCACAAUCUUUCUCUUCAACUAUAUAUGGAUAGCAUCUUUGGCAGCACAACCCAAAGAGUGUAAAGUACCAAAAAACUUGAAAAACCGAUACCAGGCACUGACCAAUGCAGUAGUCGGCAAAACCUUUUAUCUCCCGCCUAAGGUAAUUCCUGACGAAAAAAAGAAAAUACAACUGAACGGACAGAAAAAAAAUAACCCAUCUAAAAAUGGUUCUAGCACCUUAGAAGAUCCAAAAUGCCCUUCGAAACAUGUCAAUAUCUAUGACGAGACGGUUUUCCCUCAAAAUCGUACUGAAAUCAGAUGUCAAAAUAAAAGCUGUUUAGACCCCGAUCACCAUUGUGUGACAAUAUUUUCUAAAAUCACUGUCCUCAAACGUGCACAGGAAUGUACCCGUGGGAAGUAUGUGUAUAAACCAAAAGUAAUUGAUGUAGCCACAUCCUGUGUAUGUGGAUUGAAAGCCAAUUAAGUAAAUAGAAAGUAAAAGAUGCGAAAUUAUUAGGCAUCAUAACGUUCUGUUAUCGUACUGUUAACGGCGUGUAAAGCUAACGAUAUUGAAAAUAUUAUGAAAGCAUAAGUACACCACAAUGUGGUUAUCAUAAUUUACUCAGAUGCACACACAUAAUUACACGCACACAGAGACACUUACAUCACAUAUCUCCACAUACACAUGUAAAUAUGUAUAUAUAUAUAUGUAUGUGUGUGUGUAUGUGUGUGCGUGUGUGUGUGUAUACAUGCAAAUCUAUA